UGUCAGAGCGUAUCGAAAAGUCGCGUUGUGCGCGUGCUGACUGUUCCCAACGUUUCUCGGACUCCAGCAGUUCGUUGCGGUCUUCAACCACAGUAGUACACAAAGGAAUUAGCGACACCGCCACGAAGACCGUUCGGCGCACACCAUGGCCGACGCCGAGGGCGGAGAGCUCGGGGUGCCCACGACGCAGAAGCCGUCAAAGAAAACGCCGCGUCCGACAGCUCCCGUCGUGGUGCCCAAGAACGCCUACGACGUACAGCGGCUCAAGCUAGAGCGACUGAUGGAGCACCCCGAGCGUCCCGUCGUCAUACCGGAGCCCGCCAAGCCCCGGGCGCCGCACGAAGCUCCGGAGUUCGUGCGCAACGUGAUGGGUUCGAGCGCGGGCGCCGGAUCGGGCGAGUUUCACGUCUACCGACACCUGCGACGCAAGGAGUACGCUCGCCAGAAGUACAUCGACCAGCGGGCACACGAGGACUUGCUCGACGUCGAGUUCCGAGAGCGCGUCGAGCGUAAUCGCCGCGAGGCCGAGGAGCGAACGGCCAAGAAAAGGGCGAAGCGGCAGCGUCGGAAGCAGAAGGCGAAGGAGCGCAGGACUUCGGGCAAGACGUCACUCGGCAGGGGUGCGGACGCCGGCACGGGGGACAGUUCGUCGUCCGAAGAAGACGACGAACAGGAGAACGACGACGGCAACCGAGCGUCGGAGGACGCGACAACUUCUGAGCCGACAGAGGAGCCCACAGCUACGGAGGUAAUCCCCAGCAGCUCACCAGAAGACCAGGAGGAACAAGAUGUGGGGGUAAGCGAAGCGGCAACGACAUCGACACUUGCAAGUGCUAAGCCUAACGAGGACUCCACGGUGGAAUUCGCUGCUCCGGACAACGACGGCAUGAUUUCAGCUGGUCACGGUGAUACCGGCCACGAACCGCGCAGGGCUCGCAUGAUAACGGCCGACGCGGUUGACAUCUGCACCCAGGCAGCCACGGGCUCCGAACCCGGCGAGCCAGCAGAGGGCGAAAACGCGUCCCAUGGCCCCCCGUUUGAUCGUCGAGGGAACCGGGCCCACGCCCACGGGAUGUGCGGCCAUAUCGGCCGGCGAUCACCAAAAAUUCUUAUAAAGUCUUCAAAGUGAUUGCGUGCGCACGAGAUUGUUUUUAACUUUCAGUGCCACAAACUGUUUUGCAGUGAUUUGCAGUGGUUUCGUGUGCGUGGAUUCUCUCUCUUCGGUUGUGUGCCGAAAUGACAGUGCAAGUUUUGUUUGCCCAAGAUGUGGCUGCCUGUUACACAGAAAAAUAAACGAAACGUUCUUUUGAUAUAAA